AUGACUCGCCAGAGCUCGGAGGGCUGUCCUGGCCUGGGAACUGAUGUGUUCAUUCCCCAGAGCCUACAAGAGACUGAAGAAGACAGCAGCUCAGAAAGAAAUGUCAGUGAGUUUGAGCAUCCACAGGACCCGGAAACUCCCAAUCUCCCACCUCUGCUUCCCAUAGCCCUUUGGGGCUCUCAGGGCGGGCUGUCUCCAUGCCACCUACUGACCGUGAAGGUCAUCCGGAUGAAGAACGUCCGACAGGCUGAUAGGGUGAGCCAGACAGACUGCUUUGUGAGCCUCUGGCUGCCCACCGCUUCUCGUGAGAGGCUGAAGACUAGGACCAUCUCCAACUGCCCGAACCCAGAGUGGAAUGAAACCUUCAACUUCCAGAUCCAGAGCCAAGUGAAGAACGUGCUAGAGCUGAGCGUCUGUGAUGAAGAUACACUGACACCAGAUGACCAUCUCUUGACAAUCCUCUAUGACCUCACCAAACUCUGCUUCCGAAAGAAAACCCAUGUGAAGUUCCCACUCAACCCAGAGGGCAUGGAAGAGCUGGAGGUAGAGUUCCUGCUGGAGGAGAGUCCCUCUCCACGCGAGAUCCUCAUCACCAAUGGCGUGCUCGUGUCUCGGCAAGUCUCCCGCCUGGAGGUUCAUGCAGAAUGCCAGAGGCGGAAGAAGAGCAGGAAAAUGAAGGACCUCCUGGUGACAGUGAAGGAGUCCUUCGAGCACACCCAACGCGUCUCAUGCUGCCGGGAGCCCUGCUGCACAAACCCGGCCUGCUUCCACUACCCCGAGUACUUCCAGCCCUGCCUGCACGUGGACGUGCCCAAGAACCAGUGGAGCCGCGGGCUUUGCUGUUGCUGUGCGCACAGGAAGACCAGCCCCGUCCACCAGCCCCUUGACUGCCUCCCCGAUGGCCAGAUGGUGACCCUGCCCGUGGGUGAGAACUGUGAAUUACAUAUGAAGUCUACACCCUGCCCUCAGAUGCUGGACGUGCGUCUGGGCUUCAGCCUGUGCCCCGCAGAGCAGGAGUUCCUGCAGAAGCGGAAGGUGGUGGUGGCGAAGGCCCUGCAACAGGUGUUGCAGCUGGAGGAGGACCUGUCUGCGGAUGAGGUACCGCUGAUAGCCAUCAUGGCCACUGGGGGUGGAACAAGAUCCAUGACCGCCAUGUAUGGCCACCUGCUGGGGCUGCAGAAGCUGAACAUCCUGAACUGUGCCAGCUACAUCACUGGCCUGUCUGGGGCCACCUGGACCAUGGCUACCUUGUACCGUGACCCUAACUGGUCCUCCAAAAACCUAGAGCCUGCCAUAUUUGAGGCACGGAGGCACGUGGUCAAGGACAAGAUGCCUGCCCUGUUCCCGGACCAGCUCUCCAAAUUCCAGGAGGAACUUCGGCAGCGCGGUCAGGAAGGCUACAAGGUCACCUUCACAGAUUUCUGGGGCCUGCUGGUUCAGGCCUGUCUGGGGGAUGAGAGAAAUGAAUCCAAACUGUCAGAUCAGCGUGCUGCUCUAUGUGAGGGCCAGAACCCCCUGCCCAUCUACCUCACCAUCAAUGUCAAGGAUGAUGUAAGCAACCAGGAUUUCAGAGAGUGGUGUGAAUUCUCCCCCUACGAGGUGGGCCUGCAGAAGUACGGGGCCUUCAUCCCCACCGAGCUCUUUGGCUCUGAGUUCUUCAUGGGGCGGCUGAUGAAGAGGAUCCCAGAGUCGCGGAUGUGCUACAUGCUAGGCUUGUGGAGCAGCAUCUUCUCCCUAAACUUGCUCGAUGCCUGGAAUCUGUCCCAAAGCUCAGAGGAGUUUUUCCACAGAUGGACCAGGGAGAGAGUGCACGACAUCGAAGAUGAGCCACUCCUGCCCGAAAUCCCCAAAUGUGACGCCAACGUCUUGGACACCGCGGUGGUGAUCCCAGGGUCGUGGCUCUCCAAUACUUUCCGCAGCAUCCUCACCCACCGGUCCUUUGUGUCUCAGUUCCACAACUUCCUGUUGGGCCUGCAGCUGCACACCGACUACCUCCAGAACAGCCAGUUCUCCAGGUGGAGAGACACGGUGCUAGAUGGUUUCCCAAACCAGCUGACAGAGUCUGUGAAGCACUUGUGCCUGUUGGACACCGCAUUCUUCGUCAACUCCAGCUACCCACCCCUCCUUAGGCCCGAGAGAAAAGUCGAUCUCAUCAUCCACCUCAAUUACUGUGCUGGGUCCCAGACAAAGCCCAUAAAACAAACCUGUGAGUACUGCACAGUGCAGAACAUCCCCUUCCCCAAAUACGAGUUGCAAGAGGACGAGGAAAACCUCAAGGAGUGCUACUUGCUGGAGAACUCCCAGGAGCCUGAUGCCCCCAUCAUUCUUUUCUUCCCACUCAUCAAUGACACCUUCCAGAAGUACAAGGCCCCAGGUGUGGAGCGAAGCCCCGAGGAGCUGGAACAAGGCCACGUGGACAUUUAUGGCCCCCAAACUCCAUACGCUACCAAGGAGCUGACAUACACAGAGGCCGCCUUUGACAAGCUGGUGAAGCUCUCUGAGUACAACAUCCUGAAUAACAAGGACAAGCUCCUUCAGGCCUUGAGACUGGCGAUGGAGAAGAAGAAACACCUGAAGAGCGAGUGUCCCUCCUAAGUCCCAGCGAGCCUCACCGAUCUCGUGUCUGCUUCUAUGGUCAGAGGCGUGGAGCCCACUGGGGCUGACCAGCUUGCUCAGCUGGCUCUGCU